UGACGUGUUUAGUGGUCGCCAUCAUAAAGUUGCAGCAGCACAUUGCUGAAGACAGACACGAGUGAUAUGAGCGUUUAUAUAUGGUUAUUCAUGGUGUUGUAACGCUGUGUGACGUGCGUCAGCUGCUCUUAGCACGACCCCGAGUGAUUCUGAGGCGGAGUGUUUGUGUUCGCUGAAGAUGGCGUCUGGCGGCGGCGAGGGAAGCGUGGACUCUAAAGCAGAGCUGAGCUCUCUACUGGAGCAGUGGGAACGAGAACAACAGUCUGGAACAAAUGAACUGCUCAACAUUCUCACCAAGAUUUCUGAGCUUGUCGAGCGGGAGACAGAGGAAUAUCACAAGGCCGAUCCUGAUCCGUUUGAUGACCGACAUCCUGGACGGGCAGACCCAGAGUGCAUGCUGGGACACCUGUUGAAAAUCUUGUUCAAGAAUGAUGAUUUUAUGAAUGCGCUGGUGAAUUCAUACGUGAUGAGCAGCAGGGAGGUGUCGCUGAACACUGCCGCCUGCAGACUGCUGCUCAACAUCAUGCCAGGCCUCGAGACCGCCGUGGUCUUUCAGGAAAAGGAUGGCAUUGUGGAGCGAUUGUUCAAAUGGGCUCAGACGGCUGAACAGCCCCUCAGGAUCUACGCCACGGGACUGCUGGCUGGAGCCAUGGAGAAUCAGGACAUCGCUGCUAACUAUCGCGAGGAGAACUCUGUACUCGUUCCUCUGAUGCUGCAGAGGCUGCGAGAGCUUCAGGAUAAAGAUGCCGAGAACAGGAGGGACGGUAAACGUCCGCUCAAGAGCGCCCUGCCGCCGCUGCUGCCUGUGGAUGAGGAGGCUGUGGAUGGAGAAUUCACCCACAGCGUUCCGCACGCUCCGGUCGAGCAGAAGAGCUCGGACACCGAUCCGCCCUUGAAGAGCGCCGGCAGGUGUGCGGGGAUGAAGGGUCAGAUGAAACCCGCCGUAGCUCUCACGUUGGACUCCGACGAAGCAGAUCCUCCCGCGGAGAGCGCAAAGAACUGGAGGAAGAAAGAGAACGGAGGCAAAGUAAAGCAGAAGCUCAACUUCACCACACCGGAUCUGGAGCGAAGCUUCAGCGAGCUGUCCAACAGCAGCUGGUCCGAGAUGAGCCCGUGGGUCAUAGGAAACAAUUAUCAUCUGUACCCGCUCACUGACGGCAUAGAGCAGCGUCUCAUACUGCAGUACCUCACGCCGCUGGGAGAAUACCAAGAGCUGUUAGCUGUUUUCAUGCAGCUGGGCGCACGCGAGCUUCUGAUGCAUUACAUGGACCUCAAACAGACAAAUGACGUCCAGCUCACUUUUGAAGCCCUGAAGUACCUCGCUUCUCUCCUCCUCCAUAAAAAGUUUGCGGCCGAGUUUGUGGCUCACGGCGGAGUGCAGAAGUUACUGGAGAUCCCGCGGCCCUCCAUGGCUGCCACGGGCGUCUCUUUGUGCCUCUAUUACCUCGCCUACAACCAGGACGCCAUGGAGAGGGUCUGCAUGCUGCCGCAUUCUCUGCUGUUGGAGGUGGUGAGCUACACGCUGUGGCUGCUGGAGUGCUCGCACGCGUCCGGCUGCUGUCACGCCACCAUGUUCUUCUCCAUCUGCUUCUCCUUCAGAGCCGUCCUCGAGCUCUUCGACAAACAGGACGGCCUGAGACGCCUCGUGAACCUGAUCAGCACUCUGGAGAUUCUGAAUCCAGAGGACCAGGGGGCGCUGUUGAGCGACGAUGAGAUCUUCUCCAGCAGACAGACGGCCAAACACACCUGCAUGGCUCUGCGCAGGUACUUUGAGGCUCACCUGGCCAUCAAGGUGGAGCAGGUGAAACAGUCUUUGCAGCGCACAGAGGGAGGCGUCACCGUACACCCGCAGCCUUAUUACAAGGCGUGUUCAUACACACACGAGCAGGUUGUGGAGAUGGUGGAGUUUCUGGUGGAGUAUGGACCAGUGCGUUUGUAUUGGGAGCCUGCGGAGGUCUUUCACAAACUCUCCUGCGUUCAGCUUCUCUUGCAGCUCAUUUCCAUCGCCUGCGACUGGAGAACUUACUACGGCAGGGCUGAUACGGUGAGGUACGCCCUGGAUAUCUUGAGCAUUUUGACAGUUAUUCCUAAAACUCAGCUGCUGUUAGCUGAGAACGUUCCAGUGCUGGAUGAGAGUGGAUCCACCAUUUCUACCGUUGGUAUGAGCAUCGUUCUGGUGGUGGCCGAGGGCGAGGUGUUUGUGAACGAUGCAGAGAUCCAGAAGUCUGCCCUGCAGGUGGUGAUAAACUGCGUUUGUGCUCCGGACAAGCGCGUCUCCAGCAUCAGUAAGUUCAUCUCCGGCACGCCUCGCCGCCGCCUGCCGCAGAACCACCGCGUUAGCGAGAGUGUGCUGGCGAAGAUGUGGGACGUGGUGCAGUCGAACAACGGCAUCAAAGUCCUGCUGUCCUUGCUCACCAUCAAGAUGCCCAUCACGGAUGCCGAUCAGAUUCGCGCCCUAGCGUGCAAGGCGUUGGUCGGGCUAGCUCGCAGUGCUGCCGUGCGGCAGAUCAUCAGCAAGCUUCCGCUCUUCAGCAGUGGCCAAAUCCAGCAGCUCAUGAAAGAGCCGGUGCUUCAGGAUAAACGCAGCGAACAUGUGCGCUUUUGCAAGUACGCAGCGGAACUGAUCGAGCGCGUGUCUGGGAAGCCGCUGCUAAUCGGCACGGACGUUUCGUUUGCGCGGCUGCAGCGUGCUAACGUCGUAGCUCAGUCACGCAUUUCAUUUCCCGAAAAGGAACUGCUGUUGCUCAUUCGGAAUCAUCUGUUGUCUAAAGGUCUCACGGAUACGGCGGUGGUGUUAACCAAAGAAGCCGAGCUGCCCAUGGGGCUGCACGCGCACGCUAGCGUCCUGCCGUUCAAUCCUGUUUCAGUAUCAUCCCCGCCACCUCCGGCCGUCGCCAUACCACGGACUCCUCGGCUCACCAACGGGGUCACGGGACGCCUGGGUGGCCACGCCCCUCAUACGGCACCUCCCCAGCCCCGCCCCUCCACCUCACAGGCUCUGCCCCCUCCGCCUCCUGCUACAUUUCACCAUAGCAAUGGCUCUCCUCUUAUCGGCCGUAUCGUUUUCUCGCGAGAGCGGCCGUCACCUUGCGUUUCUGCGGGAGCGAAGAGGCCAAAAGUGUUGAGACAGAAGUCAGACCACGGUGCUUUCAGCCAGAGUCCAGCCGUGAAGAAACAGCUGGACAGACAUCUGCCCUCCCCUCCCACUCUAGACAGUAUCAUCACAGAAUAUCUGCGAGAGCAGCACGCACGCUGUAAGAAUCCAGUGACGACGUGUCCUCCCUUCAGUCUCUUCACACCACAUCAGUGUCCUGAACCCAAACAGAGACGACAGGCACCUGUGAACUUCACUCCUCGACACACACGCAGGGUGGUCUACCCCAAAUACGGCGGUGUGGACGGAGGCUGUUUCGACAGGCAUCUGAUCUUCAGCAGGUUUCGGCCCAUCUCUGUGUUCAGGGAGGCUGAGGAGGACGAGAGCGGCUUCAUGUGUUGUGCGUUCUCUGCACGAGAGCGUUUCCUCAUGUUGGGCACGUGCACGGGCCAACUCAAACUCUACAAUGUGUUCAGCGGACAAGAAGAAGCCAGUUACAGCUGUCACAACUCUGCCAUCACACACCUCGAGCCCUCCAGAGACGGAUCUUUGUUGUUGACAUCAGCAUCAUGGAGUUAUCCGUUAUCAGCACUGUGGGGUAUGAAGUCCGUCUUCAUAAUGAAGCAUUCCUUCCUGGAUGAUCAUUAUGUAGAGUUCAGUAAACUCUCUCAGGACCGUGUCAUAGGAACAAAAGAGCACGUCGCACACAUAUACGACAUUCAGACUGGACAAAAAACCCUGACCCUCAAUAACCCCGAUCUGGCCAACAACUACAAGCGCAACUGUGCCACGUUUAACCCCACCGAUGACCUGGUGCUGAACGACGGCGUCAUGUGGGACGUCCGCACCGCUCAGGCCAUCCACAAGUUUGACAAGUUCAACAUGAACAUCAGCGGCGUCUUCCAUCCCAAUGGUUUAGAGGUCAUCAUCAACACCGAGAUUUGGGAUUUAAGGACGUUUCAUCUUCUGCACACAGUACCAGCUCUCGAUCAGUGCAGGAUCGUCUUCAACAACAACGGGACGGUGAUUUACGGAGCGAUGCUUCAGGCUGAUGAUGAGGAUGAUAUGAUGGAGCAGCAGAUGAAGAGUCCCUUCGGCUCCUCAUUCAGGACCUUUGAUGCUACAGACUACAAACCCAUCGCCACCAUUGAUGUGAAGAGGAAUAUUUUUGACCUGUGCACAGACACUAAAGACUGCUACCUGGCCGUCAUUGAAAAUCAGGACUCGAUAAAUAUGGACACGGUGUGUCGACUGUAUGAAGUGGGUCGACAGAGACUUGCUGAGGAGGAAGAGGAUGAGGAAGAUCAGGAGGAUGACGAUCAGGAUGAGGAUGAUGAUGAUGAUGACGACACUGAUGAUGACAUCGAUGACAUCGACACAGACCCUCUGCUAGCGGAGCUUGAGAACGAGAAUAACGGAGAAGAGGACGUGGAGCAGGAUUUCUCUCCAUCAGAUGAUGAGGAGGUGGCUCGUCUGCUGGAUGAAGAGGCUGAGGAUGAUGAUGACGACGACGAUGAUGAAGACGACUAUGAGGAUUCUGACGAUAAUGAGAGAGAUGUGGAGCUUGUGCUAGACAACACAGACAGCUCGGAUAACUCGGACCUGGAAGAUGACAUCAUCCUCGCUCUAAAUGAGUGAUUCUGAAAACAUCCUGACGUCCCUCAGAGACUAUCUGUGGCUGUGGGCCCCUAAAAUCAUCAUUUGAAUGGAAUAACUGAAAAAAUCUUGUUCUAUAUCAGAUGUCUUUAUAUAAAACAAUGUAAUUUGUAUGUACAUACAAAUUUUUGCUUAUGCUGAAGCUGUUUUUACAGCCUUUUGCCCUCCUGAAUGCCUGAUCAGUUUGAGAGGACUGGUGGAUUUUAAAGGAGAAGACCUCAUGGUCGCUUUAGUUUUUCUUCAAUCGAAGCUUGAUCUUGUUGCAUAGAGGCAGUUGCAACACUGCAGUAAAAAUGAAACAUGUUCAGUUGUACAAGAAGGUUUUCUUUUAGGCCCUGUUUUUCAGUUAAAAGGUUUUUGAUGGAACCCUUAAAACACCAAACGGUGAUCUGUUAUUUAAUUCAGAUGACUUUCUGAGCCGUCUUAAGUCCUCUUUGCUCCUCGUCAGUUGUGAAGGAGGUGAAAGUUGCACAGAUUCUAUUUCACAUGCAUUCAACAUCUGUGUGACGCUUCAUUUACUUUCUGGUUCCAUGGCCUUUAAGUUCUUUACUUUGGGGAAACAUGAAGCAACAUCUUGUGUACAGAAUGUAUUAAACAUAUUUUUACUAUAAAUGUUAUUACAAUAAAUCAGUCAA